AUGAUCACGGAGUUAUUCCCCUCCGGCCGUUUGAAAAUGUAUUUGUCCGAGUGUGAUAUUGGUUGUGAUAUUUUUUUGGCACAUAUCAAGAAUUGGAGCACACAAAUUCUUGAAGGUUUGAGUUUUCUCCAUAGCCAGAGCCCUAAGAUCAUCCAUUGGGACAUCAAGUACGAUAAUGUAUUUGUUGAUAGUGAUGGAAUGCAGGUUACACUUGGAGAUUUUGGGUUGGCAGUUCGUGUUGCGGAGGGUAAUUUGGUGAAAGAGAAAGAGCCUAAGGGUACCCCUGAAUUCGUGACUCCAGAGUGUUAUGAUGGAGAAUAUAACGAGCUAGUGAAUAUAUAUUUAUUUGGGAUGUGUCUUCUUGAGAUAGUUACUGGUGAAUAUCCAUAUAGGGAAUGUAGCAAUGGGAUCCAGAUAUUUAAGAAAGUGUACACUGGUGUAAAGCCUAUGUCUCUCGAAAAUGUGUAG